AUGAGACAAAUCAAGAUAUUGGACAUAGAAUGCACAGAACAGAGUUUUGAGGCACCAGGCCCCCUGAAGCAACCAAAACCCGAGACUCAGGAAAAUGAAGAAAAGCCAACUGAGGACUGUAAUCCUCGAGGUACUGCAGGAACAUCAAAAGAAACACAUCCAAAGGAAAUCAGUAAAGACCUGAUUGAAUACUCAUUAGCACCUGAGGUUUCUGAAAAAGAGACCAGGGACGAAAUAUCAAAGGAAGCAGAGUCAACAAGUAGAGCAGUAGCAGAAGGAACAAGCUUACAGGAGACUAGAGAGAACAAAAUGCAGCCAGAGAGUCCUGACGAGGCUUUUGCAGAGAAAGAUGUGGAAACAACUCAAUUACAUGAGAGUAUGUCAGAUGAUGCAUAUAUCAUAAAUGAAGCAGCAGAAUCAUCUGAAUUGGGUGAGAAUAAGAGCAAGGAGAACCCAACAUUGGUGACAUAUGGAGCAGAUGAAGCUGGAGGAAAUACAGCAUCUGAAGUGCAUAAGGAAACCCAGGACACGUUAUCAAAAAAUGGGAGUCAAAGAGAGGUUUCAACUAUUGACACGUGCUUAAAUGACAUAGUAGAACAAAACCUUAAAGAAGUUUCUGCACUGUCAGCAAAGGAACAUAAUCCCAUCACAUACGAAGCAAGUGAGACAAAAGAGGAUACUUCAGAGAAAGUUAUCUAUACUACACAUUCUCCUUUAGCUGUAGAGGCAGCAGAAGAGAAGUUACUGCUAAAAGAAGAGUUCGUGAAUCCAAGAGAUGAUCCUAAUAUGGGACCUAUAGAUGUAGAAAACGAAAGUGAAAACAACAAAGUUUGUGAUCAAAAUCAAGAUCUGCUCAUGACUCCUGCAUCAAACACUGAAGGUAUCUCUGAAUCACAAGCUGUACUUUCAGGUCACAUAAAUUUCAGUGAAGUGGAUAAAUGCAGUGAGACUCACAAACUGGAGAAUUUAGAAGAUGAGAAGUCACUGAAUACAGGAGUACAAAAGGUUUCUGAAGAUGAAAAUCCAGUCAAUAAGGCAUCUGCUUGUGAUGAAGAUACUGGAAAAGCUAUCCUUGGACAGGAGAAUUCUGCUAGAAAUUACGAAAGCAGCACAACGGAGGGUGUUGACAACGAAAAGGCAACGGCAGAAUUGGAUGCAGGAGGUCAUAGCCAAGGAAUUGUGGAUGCUGAAACACAAAGUACAACCACUAUCACAGAUGAGAAUCUUGAACCAGUUGAACCUUUUGAAAAGCAUAGGUUUGCCUCUAUACCAGUGGCUGAAGAUCAUAGUAAAGAAACAAUCCCUGAAACCAACAAUCUCAUGAUUGAGGAAGACAGCAACACUGUCAAGGAUCAGAAUUUCGGAUCUAUUGAAGAAAAACCAAUUGGACAAGCUUUUGAAGAAGACCAAAGCGGGAAGGAUACAGUGAAGGAUGUGAUUUUUGUUGAAGAGGUGGCAGCAGGGGAAGUUCACGCUGAUGAAAGCAAAAGCAUCAAAGAACAGCUCAACGAGGAAGAGUCUUGCACAACAGAACUUCAAAUUCCGUCAACAGAAGAUCAGAUAGUUAAUGAGGUAACAGACCCAAAUCAAGUACCCAGUGAGCAUCUUGAAGCAAAAGAUUCCAAUGACAAUACAGUAACUGUGGAAUCAGAGACUUUUGAAUAUCUAACUAGCAAGUCAGAAGUGCACGAAGAGGAAACUAAGAAAGGCAUUGAGAAGUCUGUCAACGCCACAAACUCAGUAACUGAAGAGUCUGUAGAAAAGAUAAAAGAAGAAAACACAGAAGCAGCAGACAAUUGUGAAUCAAAGAUAGAUACAUCACGAGCAACAUUGACAACAGAUGAAACAAGCUUGGAGGAAGUUCCAGUAGAUGACAAGUGUGUGAGGGCCAGCUUCGAUAGUACUACAGAUGACAAGAGUUUAGCAAUGACAACAGUAAAUGCUAACCCACAUGGUGAAAUUGGAAGUGUGAAGUUGGAAGAAACCUCUGGGUUGGUGUCUCAAAUACCAAAAAAUGAAUAUGAGAUUGCAGAGAAAGAGAGUGUGAUGGAAGAAAAUCUGGCUGAAGUCGAAGUUGAAGAAACCAAAACUUCUGAUGCAACAUCUGAGUCCAUAGAGAAGGAUGUUGAAGAGAUUCAUGAAACAAGGAAAAGCCCGACCAUGGAAAACAUCAAAGAACAGCUCAUCGAGAAAGAGAGUUGCACAUUGGAACUUCAAAGAACAUCCGGGGCAAAUAACACCAUUAACGAGGUAAAAAACUCAGAUCAAGUACCAGCUGAGAAUCUUGAAGCAACAUGUCCCAGUGAUAACAUAGAAACAAAGAAAGUAAUGACUGGACAAGAUUUCAAUUGUGAGUCAGAAGCAUCUUCCACUACAAAUGCAAGAGGGCAAGAAAAUAUAAAAGAAGAAAGCCCAGACACAGCAGAUAAUUGUGAUGAUGGAAUAAAUACUGCACCUAUAACAUUGGCAAGAGAAGAAACAAGCUUAGAGGAAGUUCAGCUAGAUGACAAGCUUGUAAGGGCCCUCGAUACUACUUCAGAUGAUAUGAGUCUACCACAGAGAACAACAGAUGCUAACCCACAUGGUGAAGUAGCUGAAAGUGUGAAGCUUGAAGAAACCGCUGCCCUGGUGUCUCAACUACCUGCUACUGAAUGUGAGAUAGAAGACAAAAAAAUUGUGAUAGAAGAAACUCCAGAUGCAGUUGAAUUUGAGGCAACCAUAACUUCUGAUGCAGUAUCUGAGCCCAAAGAGAAGGAUGUCAAAGAACUCCAUGAAAUGGGGAGAAGUCUAACCGUCGAAGACAUCAAAAAAAAACUCACCAAGGAAGAGAGUUGUGCAACGGAGCUUCAAAAGAUAUUAGCAGCGGAUGAAACACUUACCGAGAUAAAAGACACAGAUGACAUGCCCAUUGAGAAUCUUGAAGAAAUAUAUCCCAAUGAUAAUAUAGAAACAGAGAAGGCAGGAGAUCUCAAUUGUGAGUCACAAGCACUUUCCACUGAAAAAGCACAGGAAGAAGAAACUAAGCAAACUGUUGAGAAGCCUGUUGACGUCACAAGCUCAGUAGCUGAAGAGUUCAAAGAAAAGAUAAAAGAAGAAAUCACAAAAGCAGCAGAUAAUUGUGACGAUAGAACAAAUACUGCACCAAUAACAUUGGAAAGAGAAGAAACAAGCUUAGAGGAAGUUCAGCUAGAUGACAAGCUUGUAAGGGCCCUCGAUACUACUUCAGAUGAUAUGAGUCUACCACAGAGAACAACAGAUGCUAACCCACAUGGUGAAGUAGCUGAAAGUGUGAAGCUUGAAGAAACCGCUGCCCUGGUGUCUCAACUACCUGCUACUGAAUGUGAGAUAGAAGACAAAAAAAUUGUGAUAGAAGAAACUCCAGAUGCAGUUGAAUUUGAGGCAACCAUAACUUCUGAUGCAGUAUCUGAGCCCAAAGAGAAGGAUGUCAAAGAACUCCAUGAAAUUGGGAGAAGUCUAACCGUCGAAGACAUCAAAGAAAAACUCACCAAGGAAGAGAGUUGUGCAACGGAGCUUCAAAAGAUAUUAGCAGCGGAUGAAACACUUACCGAGAUAAAAGACACAGAUGACAUGCCCAUUGAGAAUCUUGAAGAAAUAUAUCCCAAUGAUAAUAUAGAAACAGAGAAGGCAGGAGAUCUCAAUUGUGAGUCACAAGCACUUUCCACUGAAAAAGCACAGGAAGAAGAAACUAAGCAAACUGUUGAGAAGCCUGUUGACGUCACAAGCUCAGUAGCUGAAGAGUUCAAAGAAAAGAUAAAAGAAGAAAUCACAAAAGCAGCAGAUAAUUGUGACGAUAGAACAAAUACUGCACCAAUAACAUUGGAAAGAGAAGAAACAAGCUUAGAGGAAGUUCAGCUAGAUGACAAGCUUGUAAGGGCCCUCGAUACUACUUCAGAUGAUAUGAGUCUACCACAGAGAACAACAGAUGCUAACCCACAUGAUGAAGUAGCUGAAAGUGUGAAGCUUGAAGAAACCGCUGCCCUGGUGUCUCAACUAACUGCUACUGAAUGUGAGAUAGAAGACAAAAAAAUUGUGAUAGAAGAAACUCCAGAUGCAGUUGAAUUUGAGGCAACCAUAACUUCUGAUGCAGUAUCUGAGCCCAAAGAGAAGGAUGUCAAAGAACUCCAUGAAAUUGGGAGAAGUCUAACCGUCGAAGACAUCAAAGAAAAACUCACCAAGGAAGAGAGUUGCGCAACGGAGCUUCAAAAGAUAUUAACAGCGGAUGAAACACUUACCGAGGUAAAAGACACAGAUGACAUGCCCAUUGAGAAUCUUGAAGCAAUAUAUCCCAAUGAUAAUAUAGAAACAGAGAAGGCAGGAGAUCUCAAUUGUGAGUCACAAGCACUUUCCACUGAAAAAGCACAGGAAGAAGAAACUAAGCAAACUGUUGAGAAGCCUGUUGACGUCACAAGCUCAGUAGCUGAAGAGUUCAAAGAAAAGAUAAAAGAAGAAAUCACAAAAGCAGCAGAUAAUUGUGACGAUAGAACAAAUACUGCACCAAUAACAUUGGAAAGAGAAGAAACAAGCUUAGAGGAAGUUCAGCUAGAUGACAAGCUUGUAAGGUCCCACGGUACUACUUCAGAUGAUAUGAGUCUACCACAGAGAACAACAGAUGCUAAGCCACAUGAUGAAGUAGCUGAAAGUGUGAAGCUUGAAGAAACUGCUGCCCAGGUGUCUCAACUACCUGCUACUGAAUGUGAGAUAGCAAAAACUCCAGAUGCAGUUGAAUUUGAGGCAGCCAUAUCUUCUGAUGCAGUAUCUGAGCCCAAAGAGAAGGAUGUAGAAGAGCUCCAUGAAAUUAGGAAAAGUCUAACCAUGGAAGACAUCAAAGAAAAACUCACCAAGGAAGAGAGUUGCACAACGGAACUUCAAAAGAUAUUAACGGCUGAUGAAACACUUACAGAGGUAAAAGACACAGAUGAAAUGCCCAUUGAGAAUCUUGAAGCAAUAUAUUCCAAUGAUAAUAUAGAAACAGACACAGCAGAUGAUCUCACUUGUGAGUCACAAGCAUUUUCCACUGAAAAAGCACAGGACGAAGAAACUAAUCAAAGCGUUGAGAAGCCUGUUGGUGUCACAAGCUCAGUAGCUGAAGAGUUCAAAGAAAAGAUAAAAGAAGAAAACACAAAAGCAGCAGAAAAUUGUGAUGAUGAGAUAGACACUGCACCAGUAACAUUAGUAAGAGAAGAAACAAGCUUAGAGCAAGUUCAGCUAGUUGACAAACCUUUUAGGGCCCUUGAUACCACUUCAGAAGAUAUGAGUCUAUCAAUGAGAACAAUAGAUACCAACCCAAAUGGUGAAGAAGUUAGCACUGUGGAAGUUGAAGAAACCUCUGUCCUGGUGUCUCAAAUACCAAUAAAUCAAAGUGAGAUUGCAUACAAAGAGGGUGUGAUAGCAGAAAAUCGAGAUGCAGUUGAAAUUGAAGAGACCAAAACUUCUGAUGCAGUAUCUGGGUCCAUAGAGAAGGAUGUCAAAGACACCCAUGAAUCUGAGAAAGGCCUAGCCAUGGAAAACAUCAAGGAACAGCUCAUUGAGCAAGAGAGUCACACUAAAGAAGUUCAAAGGAUAUCAACGGCAGAGGAUACAGUCAAUGAGGUAAAAGCAUCACAUCAAGGACCCAUUGAGAAUCUUGAAACAACAUAUUCCAUUGAUAAUACAGAAACAGAGAAAUCGCUUGCAUCAGACAAUCUCAAUUGUGAGUCAGAAGCAUCUUCCAAUACAAAAGCACCGAAAGGGGAUAUUAUCCAAGGCACUGAGAAGGCUGUCAACGCCACAAGCUCAAUAGCUGAAGAGUCUGAAGAGGAGAUAAAAGAAGAAAACAUUGAAGCACGAGAGACAUUGGUAAUAGAAGAAACAAGCUUAGAGGAAGUUAAGCUAGAUGACAAGUGUGUAAGGACUGCCUUCGAGACCGCUACAGAUGAUAAGAGUCUAGCAAUGAGAACAAUAGACGGUAAUCUGGAUGGCGAAGAAGUAGACAAUGUGAAGCUUGAAGAAACCUCUGGCCUGUCUCAAAUACCAACAAAUGAAUGCCAUAUUGCAGAUAAAAAGAGUAUGAAAGCAGAAGAUUCAGAUGCAGUUGAAGUUGAAGAACCAAAAACUUCUACUGCAGUAUCCGAGUCCAAGAGGGAGGAUGUCACAGAGAUCCAUGAUACUGGGAAAAGCCUUGCCAUGGAAAACAUCAAGGAACAGUUCAUCAAGGAUGAGAGUUGUACAACAGAACUUCAAAGGAUAUCCACGACAAAUGAAACCACUAAUGAGGUAAAAGACUCAGAUCAACCACCCACUGAGACACUUGAAGCAGCAUGUCCCAGUGACAAUAAAGAAGCUGAGACAUCAUCGAGUGCAAAAGAUCCCAAUUGGGAGCCAGAAGCAUAUUCCAUUACAGAAUCAUUAGCAGGAGAAAUCAAGCAAGGUGUUGAGAAUCCAGUUGACGUCACAAAGUCAGUAGCUGAAGAGCUGGAAGAAAAAAUGAAUGAACAAAACGCAGAAACAGCAGAUGAUAGUGAUGACAAGAUAAAUAUAACAGUGGCUAGGGAAGAAACAAGCUUAGUGGCUGCCCUCGAUACUGUCACAGAUGAUAAGAGUCUAGCAAUGAGAACAAUAGAUGAUAACCCACAUGGAGAAGAAGUAGACAGUGUGAAGCUUGAUGAAACCUCUGGCCCAUCUCGAAUACCAACAAAUGAAUGUCAGAUUGCAGAUGAAAAGUGUAUGAUAGCAGAAGAUUCAAAUGCAGUUGAAGGUGAAGAACCAAAAUCUUCUGCUACAGUAUAUGAGUCCAAGAAGAAGGAUGCCAGAGAGAUCCAUGAUACUGGGAAAAGCCUUGUCAUAGAAAACAUCAAAGAACAGUUCAUCGAGGACGAGAAUUGCACAACAGAACUUCAAAGGCUAUCCAAGAAAAAUGAAACCGUUAAUGAGGUGAAAGACUCAGAUCAACCACCCACUGAGACACUUGAAGCAGCAUGUCCCAGUGACAAUAAAGAAGCUGAGACAUCAUCGAGUGCAAAAGAUCCCAAUUGGGAGCCAGAAGCAUAUUCCAUUACAGAAUCAUUGGCAGGAGAAAUCAAGCAAGGUGUUGAGAAUCCCGUUGACGUCACAAAGUCAGUAGCUGAAGAGCUGGAAGAAAAAAUGAAUGAACAAAACGCAGAAACAGCAGAUGAUAGUGAUGACAAGAUAAAUAUAACAGUGGCUAGGGAAGAAACAAGCUUAGUGGCUGCCCUCGAUACUGUCACAGAUGAUAAGAGUCUAGCAAUGAGAACAAUAGAUGAUAACCCACAUGGAGAAGAAGUAGACAGUGUGAAGCUUGAAGAAACCUCUGGCCCAUCUCGAAUACCAACAAAUGAAUGUCAGAUUGCAGAUGAAAAGAGUAUGAUAGCAGAAGAUUCAAAUGCAGUUGAAGGUGAAGAACCAAAAUCUACUGCUACAGUAUCUGAGUCCAAGAAGAAGGAUGCCAGAGAGAUCCAUGAUACUGGGAAAAGCCUUGUCAUAGAAAACAUCAAAGAACAGUUCAUCGAGGAUGAGAAUUGUACAACAGAACUUCAAAGGCUAACCACAAAAAUGAAACCGUUAAUGAGGUAAAAGACUCAGAUCAACCACCCACUGAGACACUUGAAGCAGCAUGUCCCAGUGACAAUAAAGAAGCUGAGAAAUCAUCGAGUGCAAACGAUCCCAAUUGGGAGCCAGAAGCACAUUCCAUUACAGAAUCAUUGGCAGGAGAAAUCAAGCAAGGUGUUGAGAAUCCAGUUGACGCCACAAAGUCAGUAGCUGAAGAGCUGGAAGAAAAAAUGAAUGAACAAAACACAGAAACAGCAGAUGAUAGUGAU